CAACCUUUCACUUGUUUGGGCGGAGACGAACAAGUGAAAGGUUUUUAGACGUCAUUUCACCCCGAUGACACCAUGGAUGAGGAGAUGCUGAUUCUAGAAGUCUAGAAGUAGAUUUCCUCCUCUGGAAGGACACAGUCUACUGCUUAUAUGUCUAUGUGUCUGUCUUUAGAGAGAUGACUCGUUAUUGAGCGAUUGAACGUGAAUCUGCAGGUUCUUGUUGUUCCUUCUGUCUGUAAUCUGCCAUGAAAUUCACCUCACAAACAGAUCCAGUAGGAAUUGGCGGAUGGUGAUAAUCGCCGCCAUUCCGGAUGCGGUGGAAAUUCUGGUUUUGUCUGCCAACCCUUGGUGGUCCCUGACUGGACCCUCAUCCCUCCUAUCAAACACAGCUGUAACCUGCUGGUUCAGAAUAACUCACUCCAGUGUUUGUUCUUCAUGUUCUUCAGCUGAAGGUUCGACUGUGUUUGAGUCUGCGUGAGAAGAUGACAGGAAGUGAGUUUGUGUGGGUGAACAGGUCCUGUUCCUCUGGGUCCAUCGAAGAGCAGGAAUGUCUCAGGUGAUAUCAGUGAAAGAACACAGACAGGUGAACACAGACAGGUGAACACAGACAGGUGUGUGAGCACAGACAGGUGAACACAGACAGGUGAGCACAGACAGGUGAGAACAGACAGGUGAGCACAGACAGGUGAGAACAGACAGGUGAGCACAGACAGGUGAGCACAGACAGGUGAGCACAGACAGGUGAGCACAGACAGGUGAACACAGACAGGUGUGCCCUGAGGCGGCUGAAGUUAUGUCAUCAUGGAAGUGUCGUAACUUCACUGACAAUCGCAGGUCAUGUGACUGAAAGGAAACACUCUUGUUUUUAUUGGCUGUCAGUGUGUGUGUGUGUGUGUGUGUGUGUGUGUGUGUGUGUUUGUGUGUGUGUGUAACAUUCAUGUAAAUUCAGCUGCUCUGUCUUCCCUCCUCUGAAUGUUCCUGAAAUAAAACCCACUCAGAGUUUGUUGUUACUCUGUCCCUCUGUGUGUAUUCUCUGUGUGUGUACUGUGUGUGUUGUGUGUACUGUGUGUGUUGUGUGUGUCCGUGUGUCGUCCUUAAACCCCGCUCACAAACAGAGCUUCAUUAAAUCAGAGUUCAGCUCAGUGCAGCUCCUUACGUCAGCACAACAAAAUCUCAGCCGGCACAGAUUAGGAGGCCGCUGCCAGCUUCAUCACUUCAUCGCCGCACACACACACACACACACACACACGCGACAUCUAUGGUAUAAAUCUGAACAUCUAGUGUAAUCUGAGCCUGCUGCCUUCAGGAGCGUGGGAAAUCUGGACUGUAGUUCUUGUUUUCCUCUUUAACUCUUUCACUCCUGUCUGAUUUAUUCACAACAACACAAACCGACUCUGACACACAAACUGAACAAACAUCAGUUAUUACUGCACACCCUCGAACCUCCGACCCUCCGACCCUCCCUCUUUAUUAUUGGAUCUUUGUGUUCUGCUCUCCUCCUCUCUCUCUGCCCCUCCUCUCCUGUACUUUCUUCAUUUGUCUUAUUUUCUAUUUCUGAGUUUCCUGCUCUCUCUCUCUCUCUCUCUCCCUCUCUCUCUCUCUCUCUCUCUCUCUCUCUCUCUCUCUCUCUCUCUCUCUCUCUCUCUCUCUCUCUCUCGUCCUCCUCCACGUGCACGCUCACUCCUCUUCCAGCUAAAGUCACAUUUCUCCUCCAGGGUCUGAAUGUCUCACUGCGUCUCUAAUCACCGAACACAAACAGCUGAUGAUGGACGAGCGUUUCUGAAAUAUUUCACAGAGUCUGUAGAAACCCACUGGGAACAGUUUCACAGUCCUCCACCUACCUGCCCGUGACUGAGUUGGUCUAACGUCUCCCUCUGCCGUCUGUAGAAAUAGAGUUCAUAGAUCAGACACUUUAAUUAGACAGAGAGGGAGGCAGCAGUCUGGAGCUCAGUGAUGGAUGAGAGGGAGGAGGAGGAGGAGGAGGAGGUGGAGGAGGAGGAGGAGGAGGAGGAGGCUCCGCUGUCAGCCUCUACACCUAUCAGACACCCCCCCUGGGUGGUCCAGGUCCGGGGUGGCUGUAGAGAUGAGUGGGGGUCUGUGAGGGGGUUGUGGGUGUCUGUGGAGGACCUGAAUAAAGAGAGUUUUUCCUGUUGGACUCAGUGAACUCUGUGACAGAGUUACACAGAGAGAGUUUUUUACACUCUAAUGUUCUGACUUUUAUUUUGAAGGAGCCCGUCUGUCAUCAUGAUUGACAGCUCGUCAACAGUCACCGAGUCACAUGACUCAUGAUGUCAUGUUUUUAUCUUUUUCAGCUGUUUCGAGAGGUACGCAUCAUGAAGACUCUGAACCACCCCAACAUCGGUGAGUGUGACCCCGACCUUCACCUGUGUGUGUGUGCGUGCAUGCGUGUGUGUGUGCGCGUGCAUGUGCUCACCUCUCCUCCUCUGUUGUGUGUUUCAGUCCAAUUGUUUGAGGUGAUUGAGACGGAGAAGACUCUCUACCUGAUCAUGGAGUACGCCAGCGGAGGUGAGUGAGCCGAUCAAAGGAUCUGAUUGAGGAUUGAUCAGUUUCAUUGUUGAUCAGUGUGACCUGUUUGAUCAUUAUUGGACCUCAGAAAUAAGUGACCUUUGACCUCUGAAGUCCUCACGCUCUGUUUUUGUCUCUCAGGCGAAGUCUUCGACUACCUCGUGGCUCACGGCAGAAUGAAGGAGAAGGAGGCCAGAGCCAAGUUCAGACAGGUGAGUCCGACCUCAUACCUGAGCUCACCUGACACAGGAAACAGCUGUCUCAUUAUAAUCAAUAAUCUAUAAUCAAAACAAAGUCUGAUGGAAACCUGAAAAAAAGAGGGUCAGAGAAAGACCGGACUCACUGAUAAACAUCAUCCUACUUCAGUGGACUGUAGACAUGACUCAGCAUCUGCAAACAUGACUCAGCAUCUGUAAACAUGAGUCAGCAUCUGUAAACUGUAAACAUGAGUCAGUCUGUAAACUGUAAACAUGACUCAGCAUCUGCAAACAUGACUCAGCAUCUGUAAACUGUAAACAUGACUCAGCAUCUGCAAACAUGACUCAGCAUCUGUAAACAUGACUCAGCAUCUGUAAACAUGACUCAGCAUCUGUUAACUGUAAACAUGACUCAGCAUCUGUAAACUGUAAACAUGACUCAGCAUCUGUAAACUGUAAACAUGAGUCAGCAUCUGUAAAUAUGACUCAGCAUCUGUAAACGGUUACAUUCAGCACAUGUAAACAUGACCUACUGCGUCAGCCUCUCAUGGCGUGAAGAAAACUCGCUCCUGUUCACGUGUCGGUACAAACAGGAAGUGCGUGUGUGUUUGACGUCUUCUCUCUUCCUCUCGUAGAUCGUCUCCGCCGUUCACUACUGCCAUCAGAAGAACAUCGUCCACAGAGACUUGAAGGUGAGCUUCAUCAUCUCAAACUCUGUUGAGAGAACAUGUGACCUCCAUGAGGUCAUGGAUGUCUGCGGUCACAUGUCCUCUCAGGUAUCCUCAGAACCUCUUCUGUCAGAACCUCACUCUCCGUUCUUCUCUCCUGUAGGCGGAGAACUUGCUCCUGGACGCCGACUCCAACAUCAAGAUCGCAGACUUUGGCUUCAGUAACGAGUUUUCAGCAGGAAGUAAACUGGACACGUUCUGCGGCUCCCCGCCGUACGCGGCGCCCGAGCUCUUCCAGGGGAAGAAGUACGACGGUCCAGAGGUGGACAUCUGGAGUCUGGGGGUCAUCUUGUACACGUUGGUCAGUGGGUCUCUGCCCUUCGAUGGACAGAACCUAAAGGUGAGAGAAGGCGGUACCAGACUUGGUUCUGACCCACUCGUAGAAGGUCAUCGUCACAGAUGAGAUAAAGGAGCGUUUGGGGUUUUUGGGUAUUCGGGUCUGACCCAGAUCAAUGUGGUUCUGUUCAGGAGCUGCGGGAGCGGGUCCUCAGGGGGAAAUACCGAGUCCCCUUCUACAUGUCCACGGACUGUGAGGGAAUCCUGCGCCGCUUCCUGGUCCUGAACCCCGCCAAACGCUGCUCACUGGAGGUGAGGAGGAACCAUGACUCAGCAUUUAUGAUUGACCACAGCUCUAAAACCUCAGACGGGCUUCAGGGUCCGGACUCUGAUGUUCUGGUUCUGAAGACUUCUGUCCUCUUUCUGUCCCCUGUCAGCAAAUCAUGAGGGACAAGUGGAUCAACGUGGGCUUCGACAGCGAGGAGCUGAAGCCCCACAUAGAGCCGGAGGAGGACUUCAACGACACCGGACGCAUCGGUGAGAGAGGAGACACACACACGCACGCACACACAGACACACACACACACACACACACACCUGUAGUCCUGGUGAACUCGUGUUUCUGAUGACGUGUGUGUGUGUGUGUGUGUGUUUCUCCAGACGUGAUGGUGGGGAUGGGCUUCACCAGAGAGGAGGUCAAAGACUCGCUGGUCAGUCAUAAAUAUAACGAGGUCACCGCCACCUACCUGCUGCUGGGACGCAAAAACGAGGUGAGAGGAUCCGAUCAGCUGUUUCCUGUUUUCACUCUUUUCACGACGACCACGAAACUCUCCAGCUAAACCGUCAAACUGUGACGUGUUUCUAAAAGUGUUAAAAUCAAAACUCUGAAUAAAAACACUGAAAUUCAUCGUCCAUCAUGUGUCGGUAAAUUUGUAGAUAAAUGAAAUAAAUCCCCUUCAUACUUUGAAAAGUCAGAGAACCAUCAUUUUGACCAGGUGGUGGCGCUCUCUGUGGCCCAAAAUGUCUCACCGUUCUGAGCAGGAGCUCUGGAGCCUCCUGCUAGCUAACCUGUCACAGUUUUUAUUUGCACUUGCGCAGCACGGUACUCCUGCAGUCCUCCUCUGAUUGGCUGUGAGUUGAAAUGCUGUCACCUCUGAUUGGUUUUAAAACCCGUCAAUCUCAGAUCAGUGACCGACUUUUUCACCAAAGAAUUCAGCGACUCGAUUUGAAGCUGUAGGAAGAACAAAACCUGUGACUCGUGGAGAAGUUUCCAGCGGUUGUGAUUAUCAGUUUGUGUUUUAAAACAACACGACAGUUUUCCUGAAAGCUUCUUGCCCAUAAAUGAAAGUUCACAUAAAGAUCUGAACAUUUUCACAUUUGUCCACAACUUCACAUUCACAGAGUUUGAGUCGGUGAGUUGUAAACAGGAUUUGUGCUCCUGUCAUUAAGAACGUGUGAGUGUGUAAAUGUUGUUGUACUAAUACACAAUCACUGUACACAACUACACAUGACAUGUUACAGACGCACAAACCUUUAACACCAAAAAUACCUUCAGAGUUCCUGGACUAACUUCGUCCCGGUUCUGCCUCUGAUCGGAUCCCUGACCCGGGACCUGUUGUGUUCUUGUCUCUCAGACUGACAGCAGUGAGUCCAGGACCGGCAGCAGUCUUAGUCUGGCUCGGGUCAGACCCAGUACCAUGACCAAUGGGACCAGUAAACACACCACCUCCUCCUCUGGUGCUUCUUCUGCGUCCGCCGGUCACAAGACUCAGCGCAGCGCCUCCACCUACCACCGCCAGAGACGCCACUCCGACUUCUGUGAGGAUGACCUCUGACCUCUGACCCGGCGCCUUCUGUCAUUGGUCUGAUCCGAUGUUGACCAAAGUCUUCUGUGUCUCUCAGGUGGUCCAGCAGCUCCAGGGUCUACGCAUCCAAAGAGGAGUCCCAGUGGUACGGCUGAAGGGGCGGGGCUUAAGGAGGAGCGGCUGUCAAUCCGAAAACCGAGCACGAGUACCGUGGGCUCCCGUAGCAUCCCGACGCCCUCCAGUCCGAUGGUCAGCUCCGCCCACAACCCGAACAAAGCCGAGAUACCGGACCGACGCAAGGAGGCCGCCUCCACCACGGUAAAGACCACCAGAGGGCGCUCCUCAGCACCGACCCAGAACUUCAGCCGCUAAUCCCAUUCCCUCAGAUUACAGAGGUCCUGAAGCUGGUCUGACAGAUCUGAGGAGGUCCGCAAACAUCAGACCUCCUCAGAUUACAGAGCCGGGUCACCAGCAGGGACCAAGAUCCAGACCGGGGUAGAGAGAGAAGGUCCAGAUGAACCUGCUGCUCAGAUUAACUCCUUAGUGUCCAGAUUAACUCUUCAGAUUAACUCUUCAGGGUUCAGAUUAACUCCUGACAGUCUGAGGUCCAACACUCCAGAUAAGGGGGGCGGGGAAGGUCUGCAGGUCUUCAGUGGAACCUCUUUGGAGUCCAGUUUCACAGUAGAGAUGGUUCAUGGACCUGCAGACCCUUCCUGGAUCUGAACCCGCCCACUGAUCCAGAUUAUGGACAGGAAGUCCUCUCAGUAAAUCCUGUUUCUGAUUCUUCUUCAGAACAAUAUUCCUGCGAGCGCCAUGACCCGGAGGAACACGUACGUGUGCACGGACCGGGCCAACGCAGAGAGACACACGCUGCUGCAGAACGGCAAAGAAAACAGGUGAGAGGUGAACGAAUGAGGGGAGGAGUGACGGGGAAAGGGAGGAGAGGAGGAGGAGGAUGGGAUGAAAAAAAGGAGGGAGGGAGGUCAGCAGGAGAACAGCAGGAGAACUGUGGUGACUGAAGAGGAGGAGCAGAACCUGUUUGACAAAUGAAACUCUCAGAGUCUCACUUCACUCUUUCUUUUUCUCCUCUCAGGUUUUCACAGAUUCAUCCUUUCAUUUUCCUCUUUCAUCUCUGCUCAACGUUUUUCAGUUUUUCUUUUCUCCACGAGCUCCUCCCUCCUCCUCUCCCUCUCCUCCUCUCCUCCCCUCCUCUCCCUCUCUCCCUCUCCUCUCCCUUUCUCCCUUUCUCCCUCUCUCCCUCUCCUCCUCUCCUCCCCUCCUCUCCCUCUCUCCCUCUCCUCUCCCUUUCUCCCUCUCUCCCUCUCUCCCUCUCCUCCUCUCCUCCCCUCCUCUCCCUCUCUCCCUCUCCUCUCCCUUUCUCCCUCUCUCCCUCUCCUCCCCUCCUCUCCCUCUCCCUCCUCUCCUCUCCCUCUCCUCCUCUCUCUCCCUCUCUCCCUUCUCUCCCUCUCUCCCUCUCCUCCUCUUCUCUCCUCCUCCUCUCCCUCCUCUCCUCUCCCUCUCCUCCUCUCUCUCCCUCCUCUUCUCUCCCUCCUCCUCUCCCUCUUCUCUCCCUCUCUCCCUCUCCUCCUCCUCCCCCCUCUCCCUGCAGUCAGCAGCUUCUCCUCCUCCUUGUUAAAUGUUUUGCUCCUCAGCUGAACCUCCUCCUGGUUCUGUCCCACUUGAGCUCAGUGUCGGUGUGAUAUAGAGCGUUAAGAGAAGCCGCCCCGGGCCCCCAGACAGACAGACAGACUGUGUGUGUGUGUGUGUGUGUGUGUGUGUGUGUGUGUGUGUGUGUGUGUGUGUGUGUGUGUGUGACAAAGCAGGGAGCUGAAUGAGAGGAGCAGUCGGGGGGGCAGAGAGGAAGAUCUGACUGAGAGUCUGAGAGUCUCAGUCCGUUUGGUUCUGAUCCGGUUAUCUUUGAUUAUUUCUGAUGUUUCUGUCGUUGAGGCGACCCUGAGGAAAAACUGUGUCUGUAGCUUUAAAUGGACUUGAAGAGUCCUCGACCCGGAGUCCUCGACCCGGAGUCCUCGACCCGGAUCACAAAAUCACAAAACACCGUUUUCUAAACAUGUGAACUAAGAAACUGCAGGAGAACGAGGAGAAGCUCGAGUGAAAUAUAUGAGCAUGAUGAUCAAAAAUACACCUGGACAUCUGAGUUAGAUUUACCCAGACCUCCUCAGAACUCCUCAGAUCUCCUCUGGUCUCCUCAGACCUCCUCAGACCUUUUCUGGUCUCCUCAGACCUCCUCAGACCUCCUCAGAUCUCCUCAGACCUCCUCAGAUCUCCUCAGAUCUCCUCUGGUCUCCUCAGGUCUCCUCAGACCUCCUUAGACCUCCUCAGACCUCCUUAGACCUCCUCAGAUCUCCUCUGGUCUCCUCAGGUCUCCUCAGACCUCCUCAGAUCUACUCAGACCUCCUCAGAUCUCCUCAGACCUCCUCUGACCUCCUCUGGUCUCCUCAGAUCUCCUCAGGUCUCCUCAGACCUCCUCAGACCUCCUUAGACCUCCUCAGACCUCCUCAGAUCUCCUCAGACCUCCUCUGGUCUCCUCAGGUCUCCUCAGAUCUCCUCAGAUCUCCUCAGACCUCCUCAGACCUCCUCAGACCUCCUCUCAGUGAUCUGUGGUCAUGGUUUUUCAGGGUUCAGGUCCUGGUCUCUGUCUCCACCUCACAGUCCUGAUGAUCUCUCUUCUUCUCUCUCUCUCUCUCUCUUUUAGUACCUUAUCCCACCGCCUCCCCCCCGCCUCCCCCUCCACCCACAGUAUCGGCGGUGCCUCCGGCGUGUCCUCCUCGUCCUCCACGCCCUCCUCCCGCCUCUCCAGGGGGACCACAGUAAGGAGCACUUUCCACGGAGGGCAGAUUCGGGACCGCCGGCCUCCCUCCCACGCCCCCCCAGCCUCCCCAACACUGUCACAUGACUCCAGCCCGCUGCCUCACGCACGGACUCGGGCCACGACCAACCUGCUCAGCAAAAUCACCUCCAAGCUGACCCGCAGGUAAGGGGAGGAGCUGGGAGGAGGACUUGGUGACUGUAGAGGAUGAGUUUGACUGUAGAUGAGUGACCAUGACCAGAGGAGACGAUUGUGUUUGAGACUCCAAAUGUGCCGACGGCGUUCGUUCCUGACUGCCUGCUGACACACACACACACACACACACACACACACACACACACACACACACACACACACACACACACACACACAGCUGUAUGUUUGUUGGCUUGUAACAGAAAUAAACCUGGACUUGAAGAUCACUGAGCUAACCCUGCUGCCUCUCACUGUCUCUUCCUUAACCAGCACUAACCGACCUGCCUUCCUUCCUCCUCUAACCACCAUCUUUACAGGCUCUGGAGGUGGUCCCCCGUCCUCUCAGACCUGGGUCUAAUGGUGUCUGAACUCGCCUGAAAAAGCUCCAGUCUCACAGUUUCUCCUCUCUGACGAUGUCCCGUUAAAAAGUCCAUCAGUUAAUUCAGAGUUGGAGGUCUAACAGGAAACGAGACGACAGCAGCUCAGAUCGACUUAAAUUUAAUCUGUUAUUUAGAGAUUUGGGGUCAAAGGGGAACAAUAAACAGUCACAGUGAAAGGUCAAAGGUCAGGGACAAAAAAAUAAGAUUAUUUUUAUAUUUGUAGGAGCAUCUCCAGACCAAACACACGGACCUCCAGCUGUUAGAGGGUGGAACCAGCAGACGGAGAUGCUGCUGAGUAGGGCUGAGCGAUAAAACGAUGACGAUGUUUUGGUUUUGGUCGACGAUAUGAGCAGCCAAUGAAAAGGAGAGUUACUCGGUCUGAACCAAUCAUGUUCUGAAUUAGAACCAAGUAACAAACAGCUGUGUGGUAGCAGACAGCAGCUACACCCAACCAUCGCACUUUAACAGGUGAAGCCUUACGACAAAACGUCAAAGAGACACAAAGACCUCACAGACACAGGAGAUCAUUGUAGACAUGUGACCGAUAAUCACUGUUACAUUAAAUCCUGAUAUUUAUCGAUAUCGACUGAUAUGAUAAAAUAUAUAUCACAUAUUUUCCGUAUCGCUCAGCCCUACAGCAGAGUCUCUGAGUCUAAAAUAAUCAAAUACUGAAUCAUCAAACUCUCUAACAGGUGAGUCCGUCAGUGUGAAGGUUUCCUGAUCCUCUCAUUUAGAGAAAGUCAACAAACAGAAACUGAUAAUUAAAGGGAUGGAUUUAAAGGGAUGAGGUUAUUUUCUGUCACUGAUGUUAAACUCUCUAAAACCUGAGAUGAUGGAGGUUAAAGAUCUAAGAGGAACCAUGUGGACCUUCAGGCUCAGGUGCUCAUAUUAGACCCAGGUCUGACGCUGGGCUGGACAUGCUGUAUCUCUCUGUCUCUCUCUCUCCCUCUCUCUCUCUCUCUCUCUCUCUCUCUCUCUCUGCUGCUUAUCGUUGCUUCUUUAUCUGUUUGUUGGUUUGUUUAUUCUCCUCUCUGGCUCCUCCCUGCCCGUCUCCUGCCUCUCUUCUAUCAUUCUUCUUCUUCUAUCCUUUCUUCUGCCCUUUAUUCCCCUUCAACCCCACUUUGUUCACUCUUAAGUCCCCUUGAUUUCCCCUUUAUUAUUCCGCUUUUAUUCCAAUUCAUUCCCUCUGUAAUCCCCAUUAUUCCCCUUUAGUCCCCUUUAUUAUUCCCCUUUUUUCGACCUUUAUUUCCCUCUUUAUUCCACUUUGUAUUCCAAUUUAUUCCCCUUUAUUCUCUCUACAUUCUCCUUUAUUCCCCUUUAUUUCCUGCUUUUAUUCCCCUUUUAUUCCACCUUUAUAACCCCUUUAUACCCUCUAUAUUCCCCUUUAUUCCCCUUUCAUUCCAAUUUAUUCCUUCUUUAUUCCCUUCUUCUUCCCUUUCUUCUUCUUCUUCUUCUUCUUCUUCUUCUUGUUUCUUCUUCUUCUUCUUCCCUUUCUUCUUCUUCUUCUUCUUCUUCUUCCAGAACUACAGAACAUGAUGUUUGAUUUGUUCUUCUUCUCUGCCUCAGCUUCUUCCUCCUGUCAUCUCUGUGCGCUCUCUCUCUUUCUGGUGUCUGAUGUCUCUCUCUCUCUCCCUCUCUCUCUCUCUCUCUCUCUCUCUCUCUGACCGUCUGCUCUCGAUGUUCCUUUAUUUUCCAUCCUCUCAUCAUCCUCUCUUCACCUCCUUUUCUUCUUCUUCCUCUCUCUCUUCCUAGGGUCACUCUUGACCCUUCUAAACGUCAGAGCUCAAACAAGUCCAUGUCGGGCUGCACCCUCCCACAGGGAACAAAAACAGUUAGUAAGUCUUCCUUUCCCAUCUUCUCUGGCUGCUUCUGUCUGUCUGUCCGUCCGUCCGUCUGUCUGCCUGACUGUCUGCCUGCUCGCUGUCAUCCCCUCCCCUCGCCGUCAUGCUGUCUGCUGCAGGAUGGAGUUUAGUUAAACAAACAUGGAGUCUGGAGCAGAGCUGGUCUGCAGGUUUGGACCUCAGACCUCAUCAGAAAUCCUUCUGAGGGUUUUUCUCAUCGAGAAAAGAAAAGAGAACUUUAUUUUCUGAACCGAGCUUCUCUGUCGUCGUCUCUCCAAACUUUGAAGAUUAGAGGAAAUAAACCGACGUCUCAGGUCCGUGUUUUCAGACGACAGAACCAGAAGGUUCUGCUGUCUGAAGUUUAAGAAAUGAAAUACUUGAAAAAAGAUGAAGAGGGUCUUCAGGUCUCUGAAAACUAAACUUAAAACUGUCCCGCUAACAGAACCAAGAUAAACUUUCUGACAGACUGCUGAAGGUCCGUCCGUUUAUGACCUGAACCAGAUCAGGACCAGCUACCAUGACAACAGGAACCAGGUUCAGAAGAAUUCUUCUGACACCGACUUCAUGAAAAGAAUCGGACCUCUGUUCAGUCUGUCAACUACAGACCUCCAUCUUUCAGAUGUGUGUGUGUGUGUGUGUGUGUGUGUGUGUGUGUGUGUGUGUGUGUGUGUGUGUGUGUGUGUGUGUGUGUGUGUGUGUGUGUGUGUGUGUGUGUCUGUGUGUGUAUCUAAUGUAUUGAGUUCAGAUAUCGACUCUGAGGGUUAUCAUCAUUAUAAUCAGUCAAUAAAUCGAGUCGUCGUGUUUAAAAUUCUGAUAACAGUCCCCGACAGACCAGGUCUGAGCGAUUUGGCAAAAAGAAAAAAAGAUCACGAUUUAUUCUGUCAUAUCGUCCGAUCUCGAUUAUUAUCACGAUUUUUUUUUAACUGUCAGUUUUAAAGCAUCUGUACCAAAAACUGAAGAAAGUAGAGAUCAGUUCAACAUUUUAUUAACAUACAAAGUAAAUAAAAUAAAUAUAGAAAAAUAUAAAAACCAUUUUAACUCAACAGAACAACAAAUAUAAAUAAAUACUAAAUAAAACAGUUUCAUUAGUUUACAGCUCUGAGUGUUUCUGCAGGAAUGAUAGACCUAAAAUAAACAGAUGUCCCCUCAGAGAUCAUGAAGACGCUUUAAAAUGUAAACAUUAGAUGAUGUAAACGUAGAUGAGACGAUUGAUUGCUCUGGUCUGGUGGCUGCACCACGUCAGCAGUGACAGGCUGUUCAGACUCCGCCCACAUUGUCAUGUUUUCCUCAUAAUCACGUCUUCAAAUGAUCAAACAGAUCUGUUGUGUUGUUGGUUUUUGAGGGAACUGACCGCUGACAUACCUUACACAUCGGCUGAAUUACUCAACGUCACUCAGGAAAUACCACCGACACACAACCGACGAUCAAUAACGUUUCAACAAUAACGUCUUCGAAGGGUGACUCAAAGUCAUGACGUUUAACUCCAUGUUCAGUCGUCCUGUUUACUUCCUGUUUACUUCUCCGGUAACGUACAGAAGUGAGCAGGAGAAGCUCGACUCUGAUUGGCUGUUGUCACGCACAUUUCCACCAUAUUUGAUCGAGUAAAUAAACUCACAGCUGAUCACCGUGAUCGGUCAUAUAAUCACCCAGUCCACUUCAGACCAUGCAACAGUGUAAACUGGAGUCCAAGAAUCGAACCGAGGACCGACUGUAAGACUGGAGGAGAAACAGGAAGUGCUGCUGAGUGAGGUUUAACUCUUAAAGUCCAGCUUUAGGGUUCAGACUAACUCUGACUCACAGUCGACACACGGUCCAUGUUUAACUCCUCAGGACAGACCUCCAGGUCCAAACUCAGGGUGACCCAGAAUCUACUCGGACCAGAACCCUGAAACCCUGGACUGGUGAAGCGGUUCUUCCUCUAGAGCAGCUCUGGGUCCAAACGGUGUUUCUAUGACUGAAACUCUCAUCAGCUGCUGCCUGUGUGUGUGUGUGUGUGUGUGUGUGUGUGUGUGUGUGUGUGUGUGUGUGUGUGUGUGUGUGUGUGUGUGUGUGUGUGUGUGUGUGUGUGUGUGUGUGUGUGUGUGUGUGUGUGUGUGUGUGUGUGUCCCUGCUCUCUGCUGUCACUGCUGGCUGGGCUUUGUUCUGUACUCCCCCUAGAGGCUGUAGGUGGUACUGCUCAGUUGACUGUUGUUGUUUUCAGAUUUAAAGGUUCAGUCAGUGUUUAGAUGUUAGUGUGAAUCAAACUGAAGCUCGUUCAGCAGAAACCCACCAACACACAAACUCCUGAACUCCCUGUUGCAGCUCCCCUGUACGAGCUGCAGUCAUGUGAUCAGCACCAUAUGUUUGUCCGUGUUGUUAAGAGUAAUCAGGAGCAGAGGGGUCUGUUCAGGUGUUCUGGUCUGAACACAGAUCACUGCUGUUAGGUCCGUAUUUUCAUUUCCAGACCUGGUCCUGGUUCUGAUCCAAACAGAGCCAACAUGGCCGCACAGUGAUCAGAUCACAGUGAUCUAAACAUCUAGAGGAGUUUUUUCACUUUGAGAGAGCAAAGGUGGGCGGGUCGAACCGGGUCAAAGAGGACUGAGGGGAGUGUUUUUAUUUUCAGUGUGAUGGAAACACAGACAUGUUCAGGACAUUUGAAACACUUAAAGGGAUAUUCUGCUGUAAAAUUAAUUUAGGGUCAAACCCACUGUAACACCGAGUUAGACCCCCCCUCCAGAGAUGAAUGUUGUCGACCGCUUCCUUCUCUAGUUAUACCAACUUUAGUAACGACCGCAGGAUAGAAAUACAGAGAGCCACGCCCCCAACCAAAACGCCACUCUAUAGUCGGGAUUAUCACCACAUGUGAAACGGCUUCAGUCCAGAACGACGGUGACUUUUGCUGUACGUCAGUUCCUAUCAGAUCUGUGAAUUUUAUGGUGGAUUACAGACAGCAGGAAUCACAAGAACUCACGGAUUUACAUUUAGUCGCACGAUAACGAGUUGUCUCUAUAAAGACAGACACAUAAGCAGUAGAUUGUGUCCUUCCAGAGGAGGAAAUCUACUUCUAGACUUCUGUGUCACCCCGAGCAGCAAGCGGUCGACAACAUUCAUCUCUGGAGGCGGGGUCUAACUCGGUGUUACGGUGGGUUUGACCCUAAAUUAAUUUUACAGCAGAAUAUCCCUUUAAAAAAAGACUGUAGAAAGGUCAGAUUAACCCUCUUUACUUUACGGCCCUGUGUCUGUAGAGGCUGUCACUUCCUGGACUCUUUAGUCCAUCAGUUCUGCUUCAGUGUGUCGAGGUUUUCAAAGAACCCUUAAAUUAAAGGAGUCGGGGUUUAAGGAUUUGUUCAGUUUUUUAUUGUUGAAUAAUUCACAUGUAAGGUUCAGACCUUCUGCCCUCAGCUGAGCGUUUCUCUCACUCUCUCAGGUCUGAGUUAAGAGUCUGAUCCGAGUCCCUGUCCGGGUCUAUCAUGUGUGAUCUAGUCUACAGUAUCUCUGAGUCUGUGACAUUGAAAGUUCUCAGCGUGUGUGUGUGGGUGUGUGUGUGUGUGUGUGUGUGUGUGUGUGUGUGUGCCUGUCAGACGCCCUCACCAGUCCUCCUGACUUCACUGUCAUUUUAAAUCAGGAUUAGUUAUGUAACCAGGAUUUAUCCUGCGCCUCUCAGCUACUCCCUCAAGAUACCAGCAGAUUGUCCUGUUAGACUGCUGCUCCCUCGCUCUCUCUCUCUCUCUCUCUCUCUCUCUCUCUCUGUCGGCCCCCCCGCCCCGUCGCUCUCUCAGACAGAUCACACUCCUGAGGUGUUCCUUUGAGGCAGGUGGACAUCUAUGUAAUAAGCGUCUAUCCCUCAGUAACAGACACACAUGGACACGGUCUGAUCCAGGACUAGAAAGAGGGUCAUGUGACCAAAAAAGGACAGAUAUCAGCUGAUCAGCGUUUCCUUCAGUUUCUGUGUGUUUGACAGACAGUCGCUGACAUGAGAGUCAAUCAGGAGUCACCCUCCGAACAUGAACGUGAGAGCUGAGCUUCAUUUGUAAAUCCGGGUUUAUCUGUGAGGAUUAGACGGAUCUUUGAAUACAGGGAGGAGGAGCAGGAGGAGAGGGAGGAGGAGAGGGAGGAGGAGAGGGAGGAGGAGCGGGAGGAGGAGCAGGAGGCGUCUAAACGCUGACACAUGCCACCAGCUUCACUUUAAGACUCUGACAGCGGCUGGUUCAGGGUUAGAGUCACAUCAGAGGAGGAACCAGAUGACCUGACAGAGUCUCCCUAAAUGACCACGACCUGUCAGGUGUGUGAGGUCAAAGGUCAGGUCACACGAGGAAGAAGAGCUAACCCAGGACCCCCACAGUGAAACAGAGAGAAGGAAAAACAGCAGUCCUCACCAAUGAAACAGCGGCCCCUGGUGGCCAUGAAGGAGAAGUUCACUCAGCUGCACCCAGUCUGGUUCUGUCUGUAAGGAGAGGUGUGUGUGUGUGUGUGUGUGUGUGUGUGUGUGUGUGUGUGUGUGUGUGUGUGUGUGUGUGUGUGUGUGUGGUGCCCUUCACUGUACCACAUGACCUGAUCACAUGAUACCCCCGAUCUCCACCUUCAUCCUGAUCGUCUACUAAAAGGUCGUAUCCUCCGAUCGUAGCUGAUCGUAACCAUUCAGUUUCCACGGGGGGUUACCAUGCCGACAGACUCAGCGGGGUCAUUUAGGUUAUAUCCGGGGUCAUAUAUUUAAAAACCUGAGAUCACAGAGAGUCCGACUUUAUUUAAACAUCUUUAUCAGGAAAUAACCAAAGUAAAAAAAAGAAACUCCUUCGUUUUACUUUGACCUGCGUUGACCUCAGUGUUCGGCGCUCGGCUCCCUUUGAACCCCUCUUGACCUUUGACCUCCUUCCUGCUCAUUUCGGUGUUCCUCAUCCAUCCAGUGGUUUUUGGUUGUAGUCAGAGUUGGUGGUGAUCCAUCUGUGAGUUGUAGUCACUCUGUCCUGUGUUGUGAUCACUGGAUUGGUGGAUGUUGAUUGGCUCACACAGCUGUGGUCAUAACUGAUGUGUGUGUGUGUGUGUGUGUGUGUGUGGGGGGUUAUAUUGGCCGAUUGAUUCCUAACAGACGCGUUUGUCUCCUUCUUGAGGGUCACAGACGAACCUGAGAGAAUCAGCAGAUCUCCGGUCACAAGGUGAGUGAACAUCUAUGUUUUAGUUCCUGCUCAGCUGAAAAACACCGAUGGGACAAUAUCACUGUGUAAAACAUUUAACUGUCCAGUCUCACUGUGUUUACCUUACAGUCCUGAAUCAGCUGAUUAUCAUGUUUGUCUGCAGAAACAGAUUUAAUGACCCGAUAUGUGGUUCUGAUUCUGGUCGUCUUCAUCUGGAUCUGCAAACAUCUGAACUAAUGAAACCAUGAUUAUAGGAGACCAGUUAAACAUGAGGAGCAGAUACAGAAAGGGAGAACACAGACCGGUUCUGGAGCCCUGUGUGGUUCUGGAGCCCUGUGUGGUUCUGGAGCACAGACCGGUUCUGGAGCCCUGUGUGGUUCUGGAGCCGUGUGAGACUGCUGAAGCCUGUAGUGUUAAUGUUCUCACUGUCACUAAAGGUUCUGUGUACCCUCUCUCAGCCUCCACUGCUUCAGUCCACUCUCAGGUCCAGUCUCAGGUCCAGUCUCAGGUCCACUCUCAGGUCCACUCUCAGGUCCAGUCUCAGUCUCAGGGUAAAAGCAGCAGGUAAAGCUGAUGUUAGUGAACAGUCGUGGUUCUAGAUGUUGCUCCUUGAGUUAGAUCACCCCUGUGGGUAGAAACCUCACCUUGUUGUGGUUCUGUCAGCAUCGGGUCGGUCCUGGACCUCUUCACCUGUCCUCCCCUCACUAGUGGACUGAUGCUCCAGACUUUGUGUGUCAGUAGGAAGAGUUAGACACCACAGAAAAAGGGGGUCAGAACUUUGAGAUGGUUUUUCAACAUCUGACCAAAGUCCAUCCUGAUACCCUGAGUCCGGUUAGAUUAGUGUGUCCAGGUCCAGUUGAGUCGGGUUAGAUUAGUGUGUCCAGGUCCAGUUGAGUCCGGUUAGAUUAGUGUGUCCAGGUCCAGUUGAGUGUCCAGUGUGGAGUGUAGAACUUGUGUUGUUAUCAUUAGUCCGUCCCAAAGUUCAGUAGCUGUGAGUUUUUAUCAAAAUCAAAAAUAUAUGAAACUAACUUUGUGUUUUCUCCUCCUUCUCCCCGACCUCCAAACGCUCACAUUCAUUCAUUCAUUCAUUCAUUCAUUCAUACAACUCCAUCAACCUUCAUCACACACACACACACACACACACACCUUCUAUUUCAAUGCAAUUCAAAUACAAUCAUUUAUUCCCCAUUAUCCUCCUUCAUUCCCCCUUUUAUUCCACCUUUAUAUCCCUCUUCAUUCACCUUUUUCUUCCCCUUUAUUCCCCUUUUUAUUCCCUUAUUAUUCCCUCUUUAUUCCCCUUUGUUCCUCCUUUAUUCCCUCCUUAUUCCCUCUUCAUUCACCUUUUUCUUCCCCUUUAUUCCCCUUUUUAUUCCCUUAUUAUUCCCUCUUUAUUCCCCCUUUGUUCCUCCUUUAUUCCCUCCUUAUUCCCUCUUCACUCUCCUUUAAUUCACCCUUAUUCCUUCUUUUUUCCCCCUUUUUUCCUCCUUUAUUCCCUCUUUAUUCCCCCUUUGUUCCCUCUAUAUUCCCUCUUUAUUCCCCCUUUGUUCCUCCUUUUUUCCUCCUUUAUUCCCUCUUUAUUCCCCCUUUGUUCCUCCUUUAUUCCCUCUUUAUUCCCUCUUUGCUCCUCCUUUAUUCCCUCUUUAUUCCCCUUCACUCUCCUUUAUUCCUCCUUUAUUCCCCCUUUGUCCCUCCUUUAUUCCUCCUUUAUUCCCUCUUUAUUCCUCCUUUAUUCCCCCUUUAUUCCCCCUUCACUCUCCUUUAUUCCGUCUUUAUUUUCCUCUUUAUUCCCCCUUUAUUCCUCCUUUAUUCCUCCUUUAUUCCUCCUUUGUUCCCUCUUUAUUCCCCCUUUAUUCCUCCUUUAUUCCUCCUUUAUUCCGUCUUUAUUUUCCUCUUUAUUCCCCUUUUUUUCCAUCCAUUCUGAAUCCGUGUCUUUACUGUUUCAUUCUCAAACUCCACCCUUCACCUCCACCAUCCCUUCCCCCUUUUUUUUUUCUAAUGUCACGUGACUCCCCCCCCUCCCAUCUUUGCACCUCCUCUGCCCCUCCCUCUCCCCUCUCUAGUCGCCAUCUACCUGGGCAUCAGAAAGCGGCCGAGCCCCGGACCCCCCGAUGCGGCUGGGAUGUGAGGGUGCGGAGCCCCCGCGACCCGGCCGAGGUGGUUCUGGCGCUGCGUGAGGCGGCUCAGGGCUGCGGGUGUCAGGUCCACCUGGCCGGACCCUUCCUCCUGUCUUGCACCCACGGAGCAGCCGGCGCUCGUGUCGCCUUCGAGGCCGAGGUCUGCCAGCUGCCCAGCGGGCUGGGCCAGAGCAGCGGUGUGAGGUUCAAGCGCCUGUGGGGGGCGCCCUUGGCCUUCAGAGACAUUGCCACCAAAGUGUCCAAAGAGCUGGAGCUCUGA